AUGACAAAAUAUUUAAGAGUGGAAAAGGCCUACAAUCCAAUGUAUGUUGGCUUAUCCAAGAUUUCAAAAAUCAUUUCCCUCUUUGAAAGAAACAGUGAUGAUAUCCUUAAUGUUCAGCGAUAUCUACAGUAUCUAGUUGAGCCACAGCUGCGAACACUUGGUUUAGAAGAUAAAGGAACAGUGCAAGAAAGAAAAGGCCGCAAGUUUAUUAUAAGCGUAGCAGCAAUGGCUAAUGAUACUAAUGUUUUGCAAAACAUCACAACCCGUUUUCAAGAAUGGCUGCAUGGAAAAAAUAGUAUUCCAAUUGAAUUAAAGGCUAUUUAUAUAAUAAAUGGAAUCAAAAUGACUGGUAACGAUGAAUGGGAAAAGUUACUACGAAAAUAUGAUGCCACCAACGACGCUAAUUUAAAACGUCUUUAUAUUAAUGCUUUAUCUGCUAGUAAUAACCAAUCUUUACUUAGGCGACUGCUAGAAUUGUCCAAAGAUCAUACCAAGAUACCAAAAUCUGAAAUUAUGAACGUCGUCAGCGCUGUCAGUGGCAGUAGAGCUGGCGAAGAAAUGGCAUGGAAUUUUGUAAUAGAAAACUGGAAGUACUUCAUAGAUACCUUCUCUGGUGAUCUAUUUUUAAUGGCUGAUUUGAUUGAUACAGUGAUAAGCAGCUGUCACAGCGAGACUCAACUAAUGAAGAUAAAAGAAUUUUUUUCUUGUCAUGGCGAUGCUGGAACUGGUGGACUUGUUGUAAACGAAGCAAUAGAAAAAGUAGAGGCUAUUUUCCGAUGGAGAAAGAAAAACUACAAUGACGCCAGGAACUGGUUUCAGUAUAUUCAAUCAGAAAUUGAAUAGUAUAUUAUGAAUGAAAAUAUGCUCUUUUAGCUUUAAAGAAUACAUUUUAGCUAAUAGGAAUUGCUUGAGAUUGUUCAUUACUGCCGUAUUAAAGAAAUAAAAGUUUGUCUGUUAUAG